AUGCUUGGAUUGCGCUGUAUUGUUUUCUAUUGUGAUUGGCACGACAUCACUCCAGAUCGAGGUGUGAGAACAGAUGCAUUUGGUGUUACAUCAGUAAAUACGAGACGAAAGCUGCAAUAUUAUGAUCCUUUCAUUCUUGCUUCUCAGGCCGAUCAGGUUUGUUAUAUCAAGUACCCCCGGGUAAGGAACAGAGAUGAUCCAUGGGUUACUGUUACCAGACUCAACCCGAGAGGCCGAGUUCAGGGGAGUUCUAAGCUGGAAGACCCACUACAACCAAUCACAUCCAGUAACUUAAGUGCAGCAGAAGAUGUAGCAGGAGUUGGCCUUCGUCGUGGUCGUGGUGGUACGGGGAGCGGCUCCAUUUCGGGUUCCGCAUCGCCCCACAGCUCUUACCAUACAUCUCCCUCUCCAUUUCCCUCUCAUUCUCCUUCCGCUCCCGGUGUGGUACCCACUCCUGCUCCUGCUCUCGCUCCUGCUCAUCCGGCACUUCUGAGAGCUGCGGAGUUUGUUCGACAGCCGGGUCGUGACCAUCUUCCAUAUCUCACUCAGUAUCCAUGUGGACGGGGUCAGACAUGGUUGGACCGAUCCGGGAACGGGAUCAGCGGAUGGAUCAACCGUAUGAUGUACUCAGCCCUCGACAAUGGACAUCCGACUUUCACCGACUUCCCUCUCGAGAAGCAGCAUAUGUGGUUUCAACAGUUUGCGCAAGAAUUCAACUGGAAUGCCGAUGAUACGUUGUUUAUCUAUUACCACUUCGUCCAUAAAGUUAUGGACAACUAUGGGAAGCAGAUCCACUCGUGGAAGAAGAAGUGGGAAAUAAACAAGAUUCCAAAGGGGAUGGACCCCGACGUCUGGCGGGAGUUGGGUGUGCAUUGGAGUAAGAACGAAGUGAGAGCAACUUCUUCCACCAACUCCACCAACCGCAAGAGUGACCGUAAGGGGAAGGGCAUGUACAUCCAUAACUUGGGUGCUCAAUCUUUGGCCAGUCUGGGGGAUCGCUUGGCGGAAGAAAAUGAGGGGGAGCCGGUUGAUCAUCUCACCCUAAUAAAGACGGCGUAUACCAACAAGAAGACCGGCGAGAUUGAUGAUGGUGUUGUGAGGGAUGUGGUCACCCUCAUCGACAGUCAGAUGGAACAUGAAGUGUCUCAGCUUCAAACCGAGGAUGACGAUUCGACGGGAUCGACCGGCUUGCCUCGGGUUCGGAUCAACCAAAUCGUUGAAGCGUCGGUUCCAAAGAAGAAGGGCCGUUUGUUCGGUUUGGCUCGUCGGUCCAACUCGGUUCCGUCUGCUUCUGCACCACUGUCCUUUGUUGAUCAAGAAGUCCUUCUGAGUCAGAUGAGGGACAAGGAUGCUCGCAUAUCUGCGCUGGAGUCCAUGGUGGCAAGUCAAGAGGCGGGCUGGGAGGCACAGAGGAAGCUGAACGAGCAAAUGAUGGCGAUGAUGAGGAGCAUGAACCCGAACGCCAACGUGGACCUCCCGACCAUGCCAGACACGAACGUCCAAAACCCGUAG